AUGGCUUCUUUGGCCGUAUCCGAUACCAAAGCUGUUUUGUCAUCCUGGUACUUGGAUGAUACCAUCCCGAUCGAGAGCAUUCCAAACCAUGAUCUGGCCAAAGAAGCCUUUGGCAGGGCUUUGCGGACCUUCAACGACAAAUUGACUCGAGAUCCAUCGAAAAAAGCCUGGCUGCAAAGCUUACAGUGCGCAAGGAUAGAGGAUGUCCAAUCUGCAGCAGUUAGUGCCAGGGAAAGGUAUGAGGACAGAGCCGGCAGCAGUAACGUUCGAAAAGGCCUUGCGAGCUUUUCCCAGAAAGUGCUGUACUAUGGGAGGGUUCUCGAUGUAUUUGCCCAGCACCACCCAGAAUACGUCUCGCUGGCAUGGGGGGCUAUGAAAAUUCUAUUCAUGGGCGUUGCGGAACAAGAGAAUCUGCUUGCGACAAUUACCGAAGGCCUGAAUCAGGUUGCAGACUCGCUGCCCCAUGCUGAGAUCUCGGCACGGCUAUAUCCCAUCCCCCAAAUGAAGGCGGCGCUUUCAAGGUUAUAUGUGCUCGUCAUCAAGUUCCUAAUUCGUGCUUUUGGUUGGUACUGUGAAGGAAGGCUCCUUCACGCGUAUCAUGCGAUCACUAGACCUGCGGCACUACGGUACGACGAUCUGAUUAAACAUAUUGGUGACGCAUCUAUCGAUAUCUCCAGCCUUGCAUCGGUAAGCAGCCAUGUCGAGCAACGAGACAUCCAUCUCGAGUUGCGAUCGUUGAGCAGCGAGGUUCGAGCUAUCACAGGGGUCCUCUCCCAACUUCAACGGAUCGCUGUGGACGAGCAGACCGUGAAUGCUUCCACUCGCAUUGAGAUACAACAUUCCUUUUAUGAGCUCAAGAUCUCCCAGGUGUUCACCGCUCUUACCACCGGAUCUUUGCUUGAUCCUCAAAGCUCUUUGGCAACAUGCCGUUUCCUGAGAGACAGGCGCCGCCGACUGAAAACAAAGGGUGCGCUAGUAUCACAAAACCAAACCGUGCACCAAUGGAAUAAUGAGCAACAAUCAGCAAUGCUCGUACUUCGCGGCUCACCUACCUCGUGCCUUGACAUCACGGACUUUUGCGCUGACGUCGUGGAUUAUCUACAAAUUAGCGACACUGCUGUACUCUGGACCCUGAGAGGUCGUGAAUCCUCGCCAUACAGCGAAGUGACUGAAAUUGAUAUUCUGAAAAACCUCAUCCUACAAGCGCUCCAAAUCCGAAGCGCCAAACUUUCCGCUGGAUUCGACAUCAUUGUGGCACAACAACUGCCCAAAUUCCUGAACGCUCGCUCUAAGGAAGACUGGCUGGUCAUUCUAACAGCGAUCUUAAGUUCAUUUUCAACAGCAUACAUCGUUGUCGAUACGAAGGCGAUUUCUGCACUAGACAGAAGCACAUCCGCCAACACCGACACUGCCAAAGAACUCAUACUGACCUUCAUGCGGUUAUUGGAACGCUUGUCGAUAGUCAAAGACGUAGGAGGUGCGACUCCCAUGGUGAAAAUAGUCCUCGCCCACUAUGGAUCGCUAAUCACGCUACCCCGGCCAUCCACGACAAGCGUGCCGCCUUUCGUGGUUCGGAUCGGACGCAGCAACUCUAACAGAGCAGCAGCAACUUCUAAGUCACAGGAUCCCGCAUUCCCAAUCUCAUCGUCAAGUCCCUCCGGGAGCGGAAGGGGUCUGCCACGUCGGUCUAAGAAGAAAAAACGAAUGUGA